AUGGACCUGGUGGGCAGUCAGGACGGGAUUAGCAUCCCCUACACACAGAACUUGAAAAGCCAUGGCCUAGAGGUUGCACCUGAGCAUCCAUGUCUGAAGAGAGGAGCUGGUGGUGGCACCUCCAGAGUCCCCAGGUUGCAGCUUCUAGCUCCACCAGAGAACCUCUGGGACAAGCUACUGCCACUGGCACCUCUCUCCAGGGCCUUGCUGAGAGUUCUUUUCCCUCCAGGAAGGAACACCGUUCCAGCCUAGGCUCCACCAGAGGGAACAGCGCACUUCCUCCAUGGGGGACUGUGUGACUUGGGCCUUUGGGGUGAAGCAUCUGUGAGGCUCUCAGGAUUCCAGGAUGAACUGCAUGGCAGGCUGACGAAUGACAGGACAGACACAGGAUGGAAGGGAGCCAGGAAACAUCUGGUGGGUUGUUUCAGACUCUCAGUUCACGAAAUCUCCCCGGGAAACUCACACCUUGCCUCCUACCAAGUUUUCAAGACAAUAAAGCUCUGCCCCUCCUAAGCUCCAUUUUUCUUGAGUAGAAAACUGUUUAAAUCAUCUGAUCCAUGACACCCACCACUCUCUCCUAAAGGUUGGAAUUUUCAGUUUGGCUUCAGACCCUGGUCUACACACUUUAUAACACUUUCUUUUGCCUGCACAGUCAGCCUGAGCAGGUGGGUGAGUCCCUCCCAACAAUCUCCUCUACAUUCCUGCAGCUCCCACACACAGGGGAGACCUCAAACUCUGCACAGACCAGGGCCACGGAGCAUUGGGUGCUGUGUUCCUGUGGCCAUCACGGAGCUGGCAGAGGAUGAUGGGCAGACAGGUGGGGCCCUGGGAGUCAAGGCAGCAGUCACCUUGGGUGCUAAGGUCCAAGCUAGGCUUCUCAGGCCAGGCGAGGGCAAGGAGAGGCCUGCAGUAGUGGGAAGGCAGUCAGCCAGCUGGGAAGAGAAGGUCGGGAGGCGGGCUGCAAGCUGGCACACCUGCAUCCCACUGUACGGGCUGUGCGAGCGUGCUUCUCAAGUUUCACUGUCUUUGUCCUCGGCUUCCACCCCCUGGCACCUGGUGGUGGCUGACAUUGCCCUGGUUGCAUAA